AUAAUAACUACGAUUUACGGCUCGGCGACCGUGUCGCUGAUUGAAAUGGUGGAACAACCAUAAUCCGGUCUUGUAAUAACCCUACGUUCUUCCGGUAUGGGGUUGUCUGGUGGAGUCAUUUUAUCGGUCACGAUUUCUUUUUUCUCUUUCUCAUUCCGCAACAACAACCAUCCAUAUCCCUCAACGCCCUGAGACCGCACCGUUCCACACGCAAAUAAUCAUGCCUGCUAAAGAGAGGGUCUGUCUGGCAUACUCCGGUGGCCUUGACACCAGCUGCAUCCUUGCGUGGCUCAUCGAGCGAGGGUAUGACGUUGUCUGCUUCCUCGCAGAUGUCGGCCAGGCAGAGGACUUCAAAGAAGCUGAGCGCAAGGCUCUAUCGAUUGGUGCGCUGAAGCUGGUUGUUUCGGAUCUGAAGCGCGAGUUUGUUGAAGAUCUAUGCUAUCGCGCCAUUCAGUGCAACGCUAUAUGGGAGGACAGAUAUCUCCUUGGAACGAGUCUUGCUCGCCCUGUAAUUGCGCGUGCGAUGAUGCGCUGCGCAAAGGAGGAGGGUUGUAUCGCUGUCAGUCACGGUUGCACCGGCAAGGGCAACGACCAAGUCCGAUUCGAGCUUGCUUUCUAUGCUAUCCAGCCAUCCAUCCAAGUUAUCGCACCGUGGCGUCUCCCUGAAUUCUACAACCGAUUCGCCGGCCGCAAUGACCUGCUCGAAUAUGCUGAGCAACACAACAUCCCCGUUACAUCUACAAAGACUAAGCCAUGGUCUAUGGAUGAGAACUUUGCGCACUGCUCCUACGAAGCAGGUAUCCUUGAGGAUGCCGACGUCACGCCCCCAGAUGACAUGUGGAAAUUGACUGAUGACCCCCGCAAUGCUCCCGACGCCCCAGAGGAUUUCACUCUUGCCUUCGAGAAGGGUAUUCCGAGUGUGCUGACCCUUGGGGGUAAAAAGAUCACGGAUUCCAUCGAGAUCUUCACCGCACUCAACGAGCUUGGCCGCAAGCAUGGUAUCGGACGCAUUGACAUCGUCGAGAACCGUUACAUUGGCCUCAAAUCUCGCGGCUGCUAUGACUCUCCCGCCAUGACCAUCCUCCGCCUCGCCCAUCUCGAUCUAGAAGGACUCGUCCUAGACCGCGAAGUCCGCCUUCUCCGCGAUCAAUUCGUAACUAUCACCUGGUCUAAACUCCUUUACAACGGCCUCUACUUCUCCCCCGAACGGAAAUUCAUCGAGAAGAGCAUCAUAGCCAGCCAGGACGAUGUUAACGGCCAGGUCCGUCUGCGCUGCUACAAGGGCCUCACCAGCGUUCUCGGCCGCAGCUCGCAGACGAGCAAAUUGUAUAGCCCUGAGCAGAGCAGUAUGGAUUCGCUGGAGGAUUUCCAGCCGACUGAUACGACUGGAUUCAUUGCUACCCAGGCCAUUCGGUUGAAGGCGUAUGGCAAUGCGGAGGCGGAGCAGGGGGUUGAUUUAAGUAAGUCAUAAGGCAACCCCUUUUUUGCCCUGUAAAAGGGUGCACAGAAGCAGUAGUACCCAGUAGUCAAUCUUAAGCUGGUACUUGCAUUUUAUGGGAUUUGGUUUGUUACGGAUGAUGAGGGGAAAAUGGAAGGGGAAUUAAAACAUAGGAGGGAGUUUAAAAGGGGCUGUGGCUUCGCUUUCCUUGUGUAUGUUGCACGUUGGUUUAUCUAUUCCGGGAAACCUUGAAGUAAACUUGACCUCCUUACCUUCAAUUUUCCCGUCUAAAGUUUCAGUUUCCCCCUUCUGACGAAAGAUAAAAUGGGAUAAAAAUCAAACAGAAUAUAUGCAACGAAAGAUUAGAAUAGUUUACGGGAUGAACGAAUGAAUAUGACAUCACUUAUUCACCAAAUCAAUCUAAAAAAAGAUAUUUAGAAGAUCAUUAUUAGGCUCUCAGGAGCAUCGAUAUGUACGCGUACGUAUCUAUGAUUAUAAAAUGCCCGAUAUACCAUCGUUAG